AUGGCGGCCUUCCGCGACAUGGAGGAGGUGAGCCAGGGGCUGCUGAGCCUGCUGGGUGCCAACCGCGCCGAGGCGCAGCAACGACGGCUGCUGAGGCGCCACGAGCAGGUGGUGGAGCGGCUGCUGGAGACGCAAGACGGUGCCGAACAGCGGCUGCGAGAGGUCCUCACUGCGGAGAAGGAGGUGGCCCAGAGCCUCCUCAACGCGAAGGCGGAGGCACACCAGGGCGGCGUUGAGUUGCAGCAGCUUGAAGCCGAGCUUCAGAGGGCCAGCGAGGAAGACGCCCGUCUGAAGACCAGCCUCCUAUAUCCUUUCCUGUGUCUCAGCCGAGAGCUGGAGGAGCUCAAGGAGAUCGAGGCUGAUCUCGAAAGACAAGAGAGGGAGGUUGACGAAGACACGACAGUCACCAUCCCUUCAGCCGUGUAUGUGGCUCAACUUUAUCGCCGAAUUAGUAAAAUUGAGUGGGAUUAUGAAUGUGAGCCGGGGAUGAUCAAAGGCAUCCAUCAUGGCCCCAGCGUUGCUCAGCCCAUCCACCUGGAGAGCACCCAGCUCUCCAAGAAAUUCAUCAGCGACUAUCUCUGGAGCUUGGUGGACACGGAGUGGUAGCCAGGAGCCUCUGGGACUGCAUCAUACAGUCCCACCCAGUGGGAACCAGCCCGUGGUGGGUGGUCAGUGCCUCAGUGGUGAGAUCAGCUUAAAAUUAAAUGUUUAUACGUAAAUGA